AUGGUCGCGACCUAUGUCCGACCUCCGCCUGUAUUUCACAAAGGAGAAGGAUGCUAUCUGUAUGACAUUGAUAACAGGCAAUACUUGGACUUCACUGCCGGCAUCGCUGUGAACGCUCUGGGCCACUGCGAUCCGGAGAUGAGCAAGAUCAUGUACCAGCAAUCUCAAACCCUGGUCCAUGCAUCGAACUUGUACUACAACCCCUGGACUGGUGCAUUGAGUCAAUUGCUUGUGGAAAAGACCAAGGAAGCAGGUGGCUUCGAUUGUGCAAGAGCGUUCAUCUGCAACUCCGGCAGCGAGGCCAACGAGGCCGCCAUCAAAUUCGCUCGGAAGUACGGACACAGCACACAACCAGAUGGCAGCAAAUAUGAGCUUGUCAGCUUUCACCAGUCAUUCCACGGCAGGACCAUGGGCUCACUCUCUGCCACUCCCAACCCGAAAUACCAAAAGCCGUUCGCACCCAUGUUGCCCGGCUUCAAGUACGGCACCUACAACGACAUUGCCGGCAUCAACGAUCUCGUGACUGAGAAGACAUGCGGUGUGAUCAUCGAGCCAAUCCAAGGAGAGGGUGGAGUGAACAUCGCAACACAUGAGUUCCUGCUUGCUCUGCGAAAGCGAUGCACAGAGGUUGGUGCCGUACUCAUCCACGACGAGAUCCAGUGUGGUCUUGGCCGGACAGGAAAGCUUUGGGCUCAUGCCGACUUGCCGCGCGAGGCUCAUCCUGAUAUCGUGACCACCGCAAAGGCCCUCGGCAAUGGCUAUCCUAUCGGAGCCACUCUUGUGACCGAGGAUGUGUCGUCCAAGAUUGUGACCGGCGACCACGGAACGACCUUUGGAGGCAACCCACUCGGCUGCAGACUCGCACACUACAUCGUGUCUCGUCUGUCCGACCCUGAGCUGCAGAAAGACGUUCUGUUGAAGGAAGCUCGCUUCCGCAAACACUUCACCCGACUGCACGAGGCCUUCCCAGAUGUCAUCGAAGAGGUCCGCGGUCGUGGAUUGAUUCUCGGACUGCAACUCAAGAGCGACCCCACGCCUGUCAUUACAGCUGCCCGCGAGAGAGGGCUGUUGGUAAUCACAUGUGGUACCAACACUCUUCGCUUUGUGCCGCCGUUGAUCAUCUCCAAUGAUGAGAUUGAUCAGGGCAUGGGUAUGCUGGAAGAAGCCAUGACUGCCGUUUUCCGUGAGCCUGGUCACAUUGAGGGUACAGAUGGCCAGCAAGAGAUGAGAUGA